CGGGAAUUAGGGUUUUAAUCGGUACAGAGAGAAACAGGAUAGCGUGCUUGUUCGACGUGGUUGACGACGGCACCCCUAUGAUGUCGGAAUCCGGCGGCGGAGCCACCGACAACAACCACCUCAUCAAUCGGUGGACCGGGAGGCCUUUUUCGCAGAGGUACUUUGAGAUUCUGGAGAAGAGGAAGAGUCUUCCCGUUUGGCACCAGAAACACCAGUUCUUGCAAACUCUCGCCCAUAACCAGAUUCUCAUUCUCGUCGGUGAAACUGGCAGUGGCAAAACCACGCAGAUUCCUCAAUUUGUUUUGAAUGCUGUUGAUUUAGAAACACCAGAUAAAUGCAGGAAGAUGAUGAUUGCGUGCACUCAGCCUCGGAGAGUGGCUGCAAUGUCUGUUUCCCGGCGUGUGGCUGAAGAGAUGGAUGUAACGAUUGGUGAAGAGGUUGGUUAUAGUAUCAGAUUUGAAGACUGCAGCAGUUCAAGGACAGUUUUGAAGUAUCUCACAGAUGGUAUGCUUUUAAGAGAAGCAAUGACAGAUCCACUCUUGGAACAAUAUAAAGUAAUUAUUCUCGAUGAGGCACAUGAAAGGACUUUGGCUACAGAUGUGCUAUUUGGCCUUAUAAAGGAAGUUCUUAAAAAUAGACAUGACUUAAAGUUAGUUGUAAUGAGUGCGACUCUAGAAGCUGAAAAGUUCCAGGGCUACUUUAGUGGUGCCCCUCUUAUGAAAGUUCCAGGAAGGCUGCAUCCUGUUGAAAUUUUUUAUACUCAGGAACCUGAAAGAGAUUACCUGGAGGCUGCUAUUAGGACGGUGAUGCAGAUACACAUGGGCGAACCUUCUGGGGAUAUACUUGUUUUUCUAACGGGAGAGGAAGAGAUAGAAGAUGCAUGCCGCAAAAUAUCUAAAGAAAUUUCAAAUUUGGGAGAUCAGGUGGGCCCUGUGAAAGUGGUAUCCCUCUAUUCUACUCUUCCCCCAGCUAUGCAGCAGAAAAUUUUUGAACCACCUCCACCUCCACUAAAGGAGGGUGGGCCUCCUGGAAGGAAAAUUAUUGUGUCAACAAACAUAGCUGAAACCUCCUUAACAAUUGAUGGCAUUGUCUAUGUUAUUGACCCUGGUUUCUCUAAGCAGAAGGUUUAUAACCCACGAGUUCGUGUUGAGUCUUUAUUAGUGUCACCAAUAUCAAAAGCAAGUGCGCAUCAGAGAUCAGGACGUGCUGGAAGAACUCAACCAGGGAAAUGUUUUAGACUUUAUACUGAGAAAAGUUUCAAUAACGAUCUACAGCCUCAGACCUAUCCCGAAAUUUUGAGAUCAAAUCUUGCCAACUCUGUUCUUACCUUGAAGAAACUGGGUAUAGAUGAUUUAGUGCAUUUUGAUUUCAUGGACCCUCCCGCCCCUGAGACCUUGAUGCGUGCAUUGGAAGUGUUGAAUUACUUGGGAGCACUGGACGAUGAUGGUACCUUAACAAAGUUGGGAGAGAUUAUGAGUGAAUUUCCCUUGGAUCCACAGAUGUCAAAGAUGCUUAUUGUGAGUCCCGAAUUCAACUGUUCAAAUGAGAUUCUGUCAAUGUGUGCCAUGCUUUCAGCAAAUGCUCUGGUCUCGCCUCUAUGCAUCUGCUGACCUACCGUGGCCUCCUCUGUGAUAAUCAAUUUCUUUCUUUAGCCCCCAAUUGCUUUGUCCGGCCUAGGGAAGCACAAAAAGCUGCUGAUGAAGCUAAAGCUAGGUUUGGGCACACUGAUGGGGAUCAUCUCACACUCUUGAAUGUCUACCAUGCAUACAAGCAAAAUAAUGAGGAUCCCUCUUGGUGCUACGAUAACUUUGUUAAUCAAAGGGCACUGACAUCAGCUGAUAAUGUUAGACAACAGUUAGUGCGUAUCAUGGCCCGGUUUAGCCUCAAGUUAUGCAGCACC